AAGUUCGAGUGUCAACAUUCACAGGAUAUUCCCCAUGUUGUGCCACCCCUAUUUUCAGACUGUAUUUCAUCUCCUUUAUGCUGAUACUCUUCAUGGGGCCCGUCAUGUAUGCGCUACCCUAUCUAUCCAUGCACUUCCGGAAGAAAGCGAUGACGUCACCGGAAGUAGUUAUAGACGUCCUAAGCGACGCACCAUUACAUGACUGGAGGAACAGGUCUCUCAAUGUUGGCACUGUCAAAUGGAAACAUGUCCACUACUAUAACUUACCAGGAUGGCUGAAAACUACAAAUCUGUUCAACAGUUGUGCCAAUCCCUGUUUCCUUACAACUGGUAAACAUCUACCUCAACAGGAUGCAGACACCGCUAUUAUAUUUCACGCGCCCGAUAUCAUGAAAAUGCCAGAAAAGAAGGCAGAUGGUCAAAUAUGGAUAAUUCACUCAAUGGAAUCUCCGAAAAAUCAUCAUGAUGUAUGGGGGUCGUGGAAUAACCUAAUAAACUGGACGAUAGGAUAUCGAAGAGAUGCCGAUAUAUUUAGUCCAUACUCAGUUUUUACUCCCAAAAAGAAAAAUGGGUCAUUCAGUGAUACCACAAAUAAUUUUAUUGCAAAUAAAGCGUGGAAGGCUAAAUUGCAUGAAGCGGUUUGGUUUGUGUCAAAGUGUAAGACAUCCUCUAUGAGACAUGACUAUGCAUCACGCCUUCGGCGGUAUGUAAAUAUCGAUAUAUUUGGAGAGUGUGGUAAGUUUCUUUGUUGGAGACAUUUAAAAAACAUUUGCCAAACAUUUAUGAACAAAUGGUAUAAAUUUUAUGUCAGUUUUGAGAACUCACUAUGUAGAGAUUACAUCACAGAGAAAAGUUUUAGUUUAUACAGACAGAAUUUAGAUUUAAUACCAGUCACUCGAAGUGGCGCCAACGCUUCAUUGUAUCUCCCUCCCGGAAGUUACGUCACGACGAGUGAUUUCUUUACCAUCGAAUCCCUAGGAACACAUCUAAAUAGAAUAUCACGCGAUUUUGAUAUUUUUUAUGAACAUUUCAAGUGGAAACGUCACUAUACCAGUGUAGACAUGAUAAAUUCUGAAGAUGUCUUCUGUGAACUUUGCCGACGACUCCAUGAAACGGACCACAGUACAAAAUACCAUCGUCUCUACGGCAGUAUAGAGACGUGGCUGACCGGAAAUGACAAUUUUCCUAUUUGCGCUGACGUUGUAGACGAUAUAUUUAAAACACCUGAGCCUAAGUGACGAUCAGUCCUUGAAUUGAAUGGUGAAAAUAACAUCGAAAUAUUAUAUCUGUUACUUCCUCGUGUUGAUAAAUGAAACAGGUUCGUUCCGUUCUGUAGAGUCCGUCUAGUGUAGCGGAACUGGACUGGGUCGAUCAUCGGCGACAUAUCGCAUUGGUAUUGCUGUGUGAUGUUCAUGCUGUCACGUUUUUGUCAACCUGCUCAUCAUCAUUUAAAUAUCAUCUGGCGUAAUAUUAUUGUUUGUGACAUAUCAAUGAUGAUUUUUUUAAGAAGGAUGUAUUUCCUAAGAAAUGUCAAUGGAAGCGCUUAGUCAAUGAUCACGUGAGAAAUCACAAACAGUUUAAUCUAUGUGAAAUAAUGAAAGCCGGUAGCGACUUCUCUCGCUUCACUCUUUUAUAUGAUAAGAUAUAACCUUACGUUAUAUGGAAACUUGAUAUACGGUUUCCACAAUACAGUCUCUGUUUUAAGAAAAGUGUUAAACUUUGUGUUGAAAUGCGUGAUAAUAAAAGUAUAUAUACCUGUGUCAA